AUGCAGAUGCUUCUCCUGCGAUCACUAGACCGCAUACCAAAUUUGUCUUCAGUUCUCACUUCCUCCGCUUCCGCUGUCAUUUUGAGCCAACGAUGUGGCAUCUCCUCGACGAAGGAAAGCUCCGAUGUACAGAAUAAAACCACCCACACCUUCCGUUUCGUCCCACCGAAGCCACUGUGGAGAUGGCAUGAUGUGGGUUGCCGGGUUUUCCUUGAAUUUUGUUUAAUAGCAUUUCUCCGGUUUAUUGUUUUGCCUCUUACCUCUUAUGCAUUAUCAGCCUCUUCCAGUUUUCACGAUCCGCCAUUUUGAAUUUGAUCUAAGGUCAUAGUGGGUUAUGCAACGGUAAGUCAGAUGAUAGGGCAGUAUCGAAUAAAACACGACCUCUUUAAGCACGUAUAGUAGGCAUUUGUACGCCGUAGAUACUUGAGGGCCUUCACUGGAUCUUUACCUCAAGUUUCUUCCAGCUGUCACUAUCCGUCAUUCUGCCAUUCUGAAUCUCCGCCCCCCUUCCUCUCCCCACCCCACCCCCCUAGGAUCGUACGCCAUGCAACGAUCCCAGCAUCUUCGCCAUCCCCCCCGACGAAAUACCCCCGCGGCGGGAACUCGAUGAGCAGACAAUAAAACUUCUUGAGCGUCUAUCCUUGGUCAAUUUCGAUUCCGAGGUAUUGUUCUUUUUCGCGCGCCUACCUUAUCUGUACUCGCUGUCGAAUGUGUAAUCUGCUUCUGGUUUGUCGUUUUUUUAGGUUUCCAAGGGCGUAAUCGAAGAAGCUAUUCACUUCGCAGACUGCCUUCUCACACCCACAGCAUUCAAGGGCACCGCUGGUCAUGCGUCGGAAGUUGUUCGUGAAAAUGUCCCUCCCCUGCACUCCCUCCUAGAGGUCUGUGAGUCUUUCGAACAGGCACUGCGCGAAGAUGUGCCCGCCCUCGAGGACGGUGUGUCAGCGAAAAUAGUUUCCAAUGCAGCUGUAUCCUUUGAAAAUUACUUUGUAGCACCCCCGGGCAAUCAGCCCAUUCACCCGCAGGAGGCCUUUGAUCCGACAAUAAAGGAGAACGUUUGA